AUGCAUGAUGCUUGCCUACUUCCAGCCGCGGUGCUGGUGGUGUUGGCGAUCGGGGCAGGAGCAUUUCGGGACCGCGAGGACGAGCUGUUGAGGAGCAUGGCCAUGCAGGGGCUGUCCCAGCCCGCUGGCCCAGGGAACGCCGACGUGCCGCCCAUCGAUGGCGCGGCGCUUGGCCAGGUGGUUGUGAGCUCCAAGGGCCGCUUCGCCGCGGGGGCUCGCGCUGAGACGCCGCCGCCGUGGUGGGUCAAGCACAGCAUCAAGCCCACAGGGCCGGACAAGGACAUGGGCAGCUGGACGAAGGUCACCUUCUCGCAGGCGCAGCAGGAGCAGUUCGGCGUCGACGAGCAAGGCGAUGUCCUGGACCAGGCCAAGUUCGACGCCGCCGUCGCCGCCGUGAGGCCCCCGCCGACAUCGGCGGCCGAUCCCGCGGGCCUUCCGAACCUGGCCGUGGCGGAGGCCGUUGCCAAGGGCGUGAGCUCUGCGCUGGCCGUCGGCGGCCCGCACGUGGUGGUUGACGUGAGGAUCGUGAAGCGCGGGCGCAACUCCUCGGGGGAGCCCUCCCUGGGCGCGGGCGGGGGCCUGGCGGCCCUCGACGUGCUGAACGUGUCCGUGGAGGUGGAGCAUGGCCACCGCCCGCACGCCCCGCCCGCGCCCGGCGCGGCGCUGGCCGCAGGCGGCUGGCGGGGGGGGCCGCUCUGGCCGGGCGAACUGCGCGGGAAUUCGACGACCACGACCACUACGACGUCGAGCAGCAUCAUUAGCAGCAGCGCAGCUGCAGUCCCAGGUGCAGAUGGGGAGACCAUGCCCAUCUAUGCCGGGCCGCCGUCGAUCGUAGACGGUCCAGUCGCUCCACCGACGACGGCGGCCAGCAGCAUUAGCAGCAGCACAGCCGCAGCCCCAGGGGUCGAUGAGGAGACAACGCCUGUCAUAGUGACAGCGCCAGCGAGCGCAGAGUAUCUGGCUGCUAAUUCGACCACCACGACCACUGCGACGACUAGCGCCGAUGAAGAGACCAGCAGCAGCAGCAGCAGCAGCAGCAGCAGCAGCAGCAGCAGCAGCAGCAGCCGCAACAGCAGCACACCCAUAAUGGUGGCACCGCCUGCGAACGCAGACGAUCCUGCCCUUGACCCGACGACUACAACCACUACGACUGCCAUCAGCACAAGCAGCAGCACAGACGCAGCCGCAGGGGCGCCCGAGGAGACCACGCCCGUUGCGGUGGCUCUGCCAGUGAGUGCGGAGGAUUCAGCCGCUGAUCCAACGACUACGACUGCUUCGGCGAGCAGCAGUACUAGCAGCAGCAAUAGCAGCAGCACUAGCAGCAGCACUAGCAGAAGCACCAGUAGCAGCACAGCCGCAGCCCCAGAGGCUGACCAUGAGACCACGCCCGUUGAGGUGACACUACCUUCAAGAGCGGGCAAUGAUGGUCUGACGACUACAAAGGCAAGCUACUACCCCCCUCCGAGGGGCCAAACUUUAUUUCCUGUUAACGGGGUUGGCUACAACGCACUUGCGGACACUACGACCAGCAGCGCUACGACCAGCAGCGCUACGACCAGCAGCAUCACGGCUGCAGCCCUAGGGGCCGAUGAAGAGAUUGGCAGCAAUAGGAGCAACAGCAGCAACAGCAGCAACAGCAGCAACAGCAGCAGCAGCAACAGCAGCAGCAUACCCAUCAUGGUAGCCCCGCUUGCGAGCGCAGACGAUCUGGCCGCUGACUCGACAACUACGACUACUACCACGGCGACUAGCAUUAGCAGCAGCACUGCCGCAGCUCUAAGGGCCGAUGAGGAGCCCAGCAGCAACAGCAGUACACCGGCGAGCGCGAGCGCUUUGGCCGCUGGCUCGUCGAGUGCCGUUACUACGACUACGACUACGACUUCGGCCAACGCCACCAGGAUGGGUUCCAGAACUCCGUCAGGCAUGGGCCCCGGCGCCGUCGGCCCCGAGGAGAGCACCCGCCCCAGCCCCAGCAGCAGCAGCGAGAACAGCAGCAGCGGCGGCAGCGGCAGCACGGCCGCAGCCCCCGCGGCCGAGGCGGACCGGACGAGCGCGGGGGCCCCAGACGACGGGGGAGGGCCUGCAGCGCCCGGCGCGCAAAGCAGGCCGGUGCCGACCGGCCCGCAGAAGGCCCCAGCGGCGUGGAUUCCCAGCGGUCAGGAGAGUCCGUACGAGCCGAAGUACUGCCUGAAACAUCCAUUCGUCAGGGAGCAGCCGCUGAAGAUGAGCCGGGUCCAGAAUUUCAACUACCAGCUGGGCUGGUUUCUGUACCCGAUUCUGAUCUUCCUGCUGGUGCUGAUUCUCCGCCGUCUCAAGUUGGCGAGCUCCGUUGGAAAGGCUGCUGAGGCGGUGGCCGACGCCGUGCUGGAGGCGGUGGACGAUGACGACGCCGUUGCGGCCGCACAGGAGGCGGUGGUCAGCGAAGCAUCGACCGAGAAGGCACGACCCCUCGCCGAGAAGCUGUACGACGUGCUGUGGGGGAACGGCCUCCCGAGGGCCUGCGUCGACGGCGCCACGGUCGCGGGAGCCGUCCUCAAUCUGAUGCUCUUCGGAGCUGCCACUGAGGCCGUCUGCACAUCGGACGGGUCGGACCGCCGCGUGCUCGGUCUCAGCGCCGACUCGCUGGUCGAGGCCCACGACGCGGUGGAGGUCGUGUCCCUCCUUGCUUUUGGCGGCGUGCUCCUGGGGCGCCUCGUGGCUGCGCAGGCGCACCCGCGCUUUCAGGCCGGCGGGCGCAGGGCGUGGAUGCGCUAUCUGGCUUACGACUCGUAUGCCCAGCUGGACAUGCUGGCCGUCGGGCUCUCCCUGGGUGACUUCCUGCUGUGCCGAGCCGUGCACAUGAACUGGACCUGGUUGUGCGGGAUGCGAGCGGUGCAGAUUCUCGAGCAGCGCGGGCUUGCCCUGCAUCCCAAGGGCUUCGCGGCGGCUGUUGGCAGGGAGAAGAGGAUGAUCUCUUCUGUGCUGAUGUUGGGGGCGGUCCUCUGGUUGCUGAUCAGCGGGCUGUUCUAUUUGGCCAACAAGGACAACGACAAAGCCCGUUGGUACGCCGCCCAGGUACAGGAGGGGGAGAAUGAAUGGGUGGAGUGGCAGCGCUUCUCAUCCAUUCCGUCCUCCAUGUUCUUCGUGUUGUUGAACCUCACCAAAAAGAAUCCCCUGGCCCACGUGUAUCACACUGCCACGCAGCGCGCCCUGGUGACGUUCGUGAACCUGGCAGUCAUGCCUUUGUUCGCUUUGCCCGCAAGCAUCGUCGGAGCCAUGAUGGGCCGCGUUGUGAUGUCCAGUGAACAGGGGGGACCAGUGACGUCCAGAGAUCCGGAGGACUCGGCCAGCGGCCUCGCGGCGGACGCCCCCGCCUGGGUCCGGCAGCUGCUGGAGGGGCCGGCCUACGCACCUCUGGCAGGCCUCCUCGGCUUCGGCUCGGUCGCCGUUCUCUUUGCCAGCACCGUUCAGACCUUUCAGGGUCGACGGCUCUGGUCCCUGGACUGGUGCUGCGCCCUCGUGGACGGAGCGGUUGGCGCUGCGUUUGCGGUCGAGUGGUGCCUGCGGGUGCGCUUCGCGGACAGGGGCGGGAGCUAUGUGCGGUCGCCCAUGGGCGCCGUGGACUUCCUCUCGGCCUGGCCAGGCGCCGUGCGCUGCGUCCUGUUCGCCGCAGGCUGCACCUUCGUGUCCCCGCACGGGUUUCUUAUCGCUUCCUGCGGUUAUUGGCUGAACUUGCUCUGCCUGGUGCGCAUCUUCAAGCUGGAGCGGCUGCUCCACUCCUUCGAGGACAUGGGCGACGUUCUCUACUCGCACCGCCGACUUCUCGUGUCUACAGGCAUCCCAGCCGCUCUGACGUUGGCCCUCUCCUCGCAGCUUCUGUACAUUUCGGAGCAAGACAAUCCCGACCCCAUGGUCCUUGCGAACUUCGCUUCGUUUCCACGGUCACUGUGGGCGGAGGCAAUCAACAUCAACGGCGAGUGGGUCUGGGCCGACUACACGCCAUUCGGCAAAGGCGUGCUGACGAUUAUGGCCAUCUUCAGCGUGGGUAUCUGCGUCAUCCCCAUGACGAUAUUUACCAGUGGGUAUUUCCAGAAGAUCUACGAAGACAACGACGAGGAGGAGGCCCUUCCUGAAGAGGAUCAUUGGCAGCUGCACCACGAGCCCAGGGAGCCCUGGCGACAGGCGGUCUGGGAGUGGCUGUACGGCCACCUAAAGCCAGGCGGGAAAGCAACGGCGCAGUUCAGGGUCUUCUGUGCGGCGUCGAUCAUACUUACCUUGAUUACUUCUUUGACUUGUAUCGUCCUCACCAUGGACAUGUUCGGACCCAAAGAUCCCCAAAACCCCAAGGACCGGGAGCCCUUUUGCUUUCAGGAUCCCAAGUAUGACCGUUGGUGUGAACGCGUGGAUCAGAUUUCUUAUUGGCUGGACCUCGUCGCCGUCGUGUUCUUUCUGUGCGAGUUUUCCAUGCGUUUUACUGCCCUCGGGUGGAGGCAUCUACAGUCGCUGAAGGGCAUCAGUGGCUCGACCUCCCUUCUCGCGAUAGCGGUUUGCCUUCACCUCGAUUGGCGCCGUCCUCUCCUGCACCCAAGUUUCAACAACGACUGGAGCGGCUUCGCGUGUCUAUACGACCUCGUCAUCCCGCUGCGGCUGCUCCGCCUUGUCAACCUCGAGGACUACAUUGGCUGCGCCGACGUCGUCGCCAACGUCGUCAAGGCCAACCUGUGGCCGCUGGCGCGCGGCAGCUUCUCCUUCGUGUGCACCUGGCUCACGCACGCCACGCUCCUCCACUACUUCGAGUGGAACAGCGACCGCAAGGAGGAGUUCGGGAACCCCACGCCCUUCAACCGCAUCAACCAGACGAUCAUGGUGCUGCCGCAGGCCACGCUGACGCAGGGCGACAGAUACGGCGACCUCACCAGGAGCCUGCAGUACAGCCUGGUGCACCUCACAGGAGCGAUGCAGGGCCGGAUGGUGAAGGAAAUGGAGGCAGCGGCGUCAUCUAUAGACGGCCCGCAGCUGAGCGCAUUGCUCGAGAGCAGCGACCCAGUGGCGAGAUCCAUGCAGUUGCAUUGCUGGUUGAUUCAGACGCGCCGCGAAGCCAAGACGAGGUUCGCGGGCCAGCUCAUGGGACUCCUGAGCCGUGAUUUCACAGGCGACAUCCUCGCGCCGUUCGAGGCAUUCAAGCGGAGGGCGUCGCUGUGCGGGGGUCACAGGCAGGCGGGGUGCCCCGAGGUCACGGGCGGGGGCGCGAACAGCCUCGCGAGCGAAACUGCUGGAGAGCUAGAGUCUGGGAAGCCGCGGCGAGAUCUGUUCCUGGCGGCCCUCUCGACGGGCGCGCGCGCCAUCGCGAGUGAGGUUGCGAGCGCGAGCGGGGGUCAGGCCUUGGUGGGCACCAGGUGCCACGUUGCGCCGGCGUCGAAGCCGCUGAUGCCCGUGGGCGAGAUGGCGGGCGCCAGCGACAGAGUCGUGCUCGAGUCUGGGGGGCCCUGCUGCGGGGAUGUCGGCGCGGGUGGGCGGUGCGAGCUCUUGAGGAAGAACGGUGGCUUCGAGUUGAUGGUAGAUGUGCUACCUGCUUCGGGGAGUGUGUCGGCGUCUAUUCGCUGGCAGACUGCGAGGCCGCGGGGCCGCCGGAGCUGUGCCCCAUUGACUUUUGACGUGGAGAUCGAGGAGGGCCGGGCCUGCCAGGACGGCGGGCGGCUCGACGCGGUGGAGGAGUCGGAGUUCACCGCGCGAGCCGUUGAAGGGCGAGCUGCCGGAGCAGGCGGAGAAUUGGGGGGCAUGGGCCCAGGCGCGGUGGGCAGCUCCCCCCUGGCCCCGAGGAGCAUCGAGGCGCGGUGGGCGGCCGCGCAGGUGCUUCUGGGCAAGGGGGUGCAGCGCGAGUGCAACGUGGAGGUGUUGGUGGAGAUGUGCCUAGUGACGGGCCCCUCCAAGUUCGAGCUGAAGAGUGACUCGCAGAGAGCGAUCGCGGCGCCCACGGGGGGCGCGUCGAAGGAGCUCCCUGGCGUGGCGUUUGGACCGACGCGCGCGAGCUUGCCGUGGGCGGGGAGACGUGCUGGCGCGCUGCGCGACGGGCCAGGCCGACGCCAACGGAAGUUUUUCUUUGAGUUUGUGAAGGGCCGACCGUUCAGGAGGGCGUCGCCGACGUUCGGGGGGCGGGCGUUCUACCUGCCGACUAGCAAAAUGGCGUCGGAGCUGCCAGACCAGCGACAGGAGAGUAUCUUCCUGGGCAUGGCGAGCAGGGUCGACAAGAUCUGCGUGGGGGCGACCGCUAGCCGCGGUGCAUUCGGGCGCCUGCAGGGCGAGGCGAGGAUCGAGGAUGCCAUGGGGGCGACGCGCGGAUGGGCGGAGGGGUAUCGAGCUUGCGCUGGAGGGCGGAAGCCGGAGGAGAUCUCGCGCGCGAUCCUGAAGAGGAAAGCUCGGCGGGGGCGCGCCUUCGAGGACCAGCUGAAGCGGUUUGCGGCGGAAGCUCGUCGCCAGUCUCCGGUCCUCAGGGGCCUGGGGGCGGAUGUGGACCAACGGGGGGCGACCGGGUGA